CCUGUGUCCAGCCCCCAGGCCAGAUCCUGGGAAGCAGCCCAUCCCCGGGGGAAAGAGGAGGCAGCGAUUCAGAUCCUGAUUCAGAUCCUGGAAGCCGCAGGGUCCAAGUCCUUCCCCGUCCGCCCUCUCUGCAGCCUCCCCCGCACUGCUCUCCUGCUCCCCAGGCCAGCCCAGCAGGGCCUUUCUGUUCCUCGAAUACACAAGCUCAUAUCCCCAUCAAGACAUGCUCUCGUGGCUCUUUCUCCCUGUGAUACUCUCCCCCAAUAUGAUCUCACAGACCACUUCUUCAGAGAGCCCUCCCUGACUGCCAGGCACAUCCUUCCCACCUCCCAGGCACCAAGGUGCAAUGACAACUGGAACAGGGUUGGGAAGGUCACUGUGGUUGUUAUCUGUGGCUGCAAAACCAGUUACCCCAGAAGGCAGCAGCUGAAAGCAACACCAUCCUUCCCGUGCCGGUCUGUGGGUGGGGAACUGGGCGUGGCUUAGCUGGGUCUGGCCCAGGGUCUCUCCAGGCCAUGAUACCUGUGUUAACUGGGGCUGCAGUCAUUUGAAGCCUCAACCGGGGCCCAAGAGAGGCUCCCAGCAAGGCUCACUGAUGGCCCUGCCAUCAGGGGCCUAGCUGGCUGUUCCUUGUCGUGUGGGCCUGUCCUUGAACAGCUUGCAACGUGGCAGCAGCUUCUCUCAGAGAGGUCUCUGAGCAAGAGAGAAGAAAGCACACAGCACAGAGGCCAGUUCUGUUUCUGUGACCUCCUCUUGGACAAUUCCUGCCACAUCCCAAGAAGCUGAGACACACAGUCCUGCCUCAUGGGGGAGGGGAGAGGAUCCACAAGACCAUGAAUGCCCAGAGGGGAUCCGUGGGGGCUUGUUCGAGCUGCCUAUCACAGUCACAUAAGCCAGCUGCAGCUGGAGGCAGUCCUGUCAGGGAACGCAUCACAGAGGAGGUGACAUUUGCAGCAGGUCUUGCAGGAUGACUAGGAGUUUGUCAGGCCACCACUACUGGCUUGUCCUGGUUGCUAAGAUUGUUCGGUUAGAUUAUCAGGGGGACCUUGAGGCGUGGGCUCUGCCCACAGCAAGCCGGGGUUUUCUCAAAAAGCUGGGGAAUCUACGGUGUUGGCAAAGCCGCCAUCCAUCCCCCGGCCCUGGCCGUCCUCAGCCACACCCCAGAUGGAGCCACCCAGACCAUCGCUUGGGUGGGCAAGGGCAUCGUCUACGAUACCGGGGGUCUCAGCAUGAAGGGGAAGCUCCAGUUUUACCAGGUGAGGCCAGCUGUCCUCCUGGAGACCACCAUGCCGGGGAUGAAGAGGGACUGUGGGGGCGCCGCAGCUGUCCUGGGGGCCUUCAGAGCCGCUGUCAAGCAGGGUUUCAAAGACACCCUCCAUGCGGUGUUCUGCUUGGCCGAGAACUCCGUGGGGCCCAACGCCACAAGGCCAGACGACAUCCAUCUGCUGUACUCUGGAAAGACUGUGGAAAUCAACAACACGGAUGCCGAGGGCAGGCUGGUGCUGGCAGAUGGUGUGUCCUACGCCUGCAAGGACCUGGGCGCCGACAUCAUCCUGGACAUGGCCACGCUGACCGGAGCUCAGGGCAUUGCCACAGGCAAGUACCACGCGGCUGUGCUCACCAACAGCGCCGAGUGGGAGGCAGCCUGCGUGAAGGCCGGGCGGCAAUGCGGGGACCUGGUGCACCCGUUGGUCUACUGCCCAGAGCUGCACUUCAGCGAGUUCACCUCGGCUGUGGCCGACAUGAAGAACUCAGUGGCGGACAGGGACAACAGCCCCAGCUCCUGUGCUGGCCUCUUCAUCGCCUCACACAUCGGCUUCGACUGGCCUGGGGUCUGGGUCCACCUGGAUAUCGCUGCGCCCGUGCACGCUGGCGAGCGCGCCACAGGCUUCGGUGUGGCCCUCCUGCUGGCGCUCUUCGGCCAGGCCUCCGAGGACCCUCUACUGAACCUGGUGUCCCCACUUGGCUGCGAGGCGGACGCCCAGGAGGGGGACGCGGAGAGGGACUCCAAGAGGCGCAGGCUCGUGUGAUGCAGCCGCCCUGCCCGGUGACACUGGGCGCUUUACCUCACUUUGCACUGAUUAAUUCUAAGCAAUUGGAAGAUUAUACCUUAAGAUGAGCUGCGGUUUGUUUUGUUUUUAGUUGUCAUGGUGACGGAAACAGCUCCUUCUUGUGUCUUAGGAGACAGCUCAGGGUUCGGGGGGCCCAGGGAGGGGUGAGUGGGCAGCACUGGGCUUGUUUUAUGUUUGAUUCCCUGCCAGCUUCUGCAGACCAUGCCCCUCCCUGGGGCCUCUGCACGACCCCAGGGCCCCAGGAUGCAUGCGCGGCCCUGAUGCUUUUGGCCGCGUGGCCCUCAAGACUCCCGCCCCUGCCUAGGGCCCACGGUGGGUGCCAUUGGCCCCGUCUGCAGCCCCAGGCCUCGCACAUGGCACCCACAUUGCAGAGCACCCAGGCCCCACUCCAGCUGGGGCAGCCCCUGCCUCCAACAGACCACCCCUUUGAAAGGAUGGGGCGACUUGGUUCAGGUUUUAAAGAGCAAGAGGAAUGUCUACUUGGGCCCCUUUGAGUUCACUGCAGGUUGAAUUAAACAUGGCUAAACCACGUCACA